AUGAGACUCAGCUCUACCGGUGCUGUCAACUCGAAACGAUCGUCUUUGGCGAAGUUGGGGGGAUUGCAGAGCACUGAGUGUACAGCGCGAGUGUGGGCUGAGUGGUGGCGGUGGCGGACAUCCCCCGUCACCCCCUCAAUGAGUCUGUGCUGUCAUUACGGACCAGACGUGCAAUGCGUUGGGUUUGCCAUAGGAUUGAGGGGCCGUUCACUGAGUGCCAUGAUUCACAACUCGUUUGCCACUCCUGUAGAGCACAUCGACUGUCACCUCACAGACAGUUCAAUGAGUGUCCAGUCGUUGAUGUCUUCGUGCAGUAUAUGUGGCCAUCGUUUCGACAGCAAGUCCUGUCCACAACUCCUCCCCUGUUGUCACUCAUCGGCCAAAGACUGCGAGAGAGAUGACCGCAACGCCAACCAAUUGAAUCACUUCAUCAACACUAACAGUGAGUUUCAAAUCCGUCACUCAAAGUCUGAUCCAGUGAUACACACUUCGACAAAGAGUUGCAAACUAUAUAUCGAAAGAUCUGACUUUGAAGCCAACAGUGACCUGAGCACUGAAAUCGACACAACACUACUAUAUCCUCAUUGGUUCUCAUCCUCGUCAUCGCUAUCAUCAAUGGACUCAACAAUUAGUGCCGAAGACUUAAUACACGAAAUGGUGACCAUUGAAGGCCUAAGAACUCUAUACAACUCGUGCUUUGCAUGUGGAGUGAGUUGGCAUCAAAAUCACGUCACUCUUGACUGCAGCGAAUGCGGUGGUUAUGCGAUGUCUCGUCCCUGUCCUCAAUGUGAUGGCAAAUGCGAUUCUCAAUGGCAAAGAAACCUCACAGCAACACACGAUGCACAUGUAGCCCAAUGGACGGGCCAAUGCAAGCAAGAAAUGAUGCAAACAUCAACUGAUUUGCGCGACUCAUCCAACAAAUCUUCAUCUCCUCAUUCAAAACUUAUAACAUCAGUAAAAGUCUAACGUUUAGCCAUUUGUAGCAAAAUUACAUCAAUUUUUAAACUCAACUUUAUUUAUAUAUAUUACGAGAGAAGUAAUCGAAAUAAGAGUUUUGAUUAUUAUUUACAAAACAACAGCUUUUUUUAAAAAGCGGAC